AUGGCUCGAGAUUAUUUUUGGCUGGGAAUUAGAAGGAGGAUUGGUAAUGGGCAAUCUACUUCUAUUUGGGCGGAUCCAUGGCUCUCCGACGAUGGCGCUUUUCAAGUUUUUACAAAAAGGCCGAUUUAUUCCUCCUUUCCGAACACAGUUUCAGACAUGAUAGAUGCCAAUACAGAUUCAUGGAAUAUUGCGGCUUUAGAAGAAUGGUUAUGGCCAAUCGACAAGGACAUAAUAUUAGCGGUUCCGGUCGGAGGUUUGACGACAGAGGAUAGAUGGAUAUGGCUGGCAUUAUACUACCGUACCCAUGGCAGGUUUACCGUUCGUUCAUGCUAUCACACUUUGCUCUCUAGAUGUCAAACAAUUACUGGCGGGCGACCCCCCACUGGGGAAUCGACUAGCGGGGUAACUACGAUUCAUUGGAAACUUGUGUGGAAUCUUCCUAUCCCUCCUAAGAUUCGCAUCUUUAUUUGGAGAGCCUGCUCUAAUAUUUUACCAACGAGAGCGGAGUUAUAUCGGAGGAAAAUAGUGGCAGACCCUUUAUGUCGACGAUGCGGUUAUGUGCCGGAGACCUUUCUCCAUAUUAUUAAAUGUUUCCACGAAUCGCAAGAGAUAUGGCGUUCACCUGUGUUUUGUAAUGGUAACCCACCUCUGUCCACCUGGGUUUGGAUGACGCAGCUGCAACAAAGUUUAGAACCCAAUACUUUUCACCUAGCAAUUAUUAUCAUGUGGAAAUUGUGGGAUAAUUGGAACAAAGUGAUGCAUGGCGAGGAGGGGAGCCCAACGUCGGAAGUAAUAAGCUGGUGUUUUAAUUAUCUGAAUACUUAUAAGGCAGCUCAAAUUCGAGUCACUGACAGCAAGGAGAAUACGCACCCAGCCGUUUGGAAACCACCGGAGCACGGAAAGAUUAAAAUCAACUUUGAUGUCGCAUUUCCCAAGGAGAAAGAUUACUAUGUUCUAGCAAAUGUCGCUCGUGAUUGGCAAGGAAAAUGCCUUUGGUGGCAUGCCAAAAUAAUUCAAGGACGACCCAAGGUUGUCGAAGGAGAAGCCCAUGCGGCACUUCAUGCAAUUUCAAAGGAGCAUGAACUUGGCUCAUCAGCUGUGACUCUAGAAGGAGAUAACCUUCAAAUUAUGACGGCACUACGGGAACGUAAUGCCAGCGAAGCAUCGUUUGGAGCCAUCAUUGAUGAAUCUUUACGUAUUUCUAGUCUUUUUAAUUCAUGCAAUUUUGCUUUUGUCAAGCGUUCGGGAAAUCUUCUUGCCCACGCUAUUGCUACCACUUCUGAUCUUGGUUGUAUUGGCGGUAAUGUUCUGCCUUUGAACUUGGCUCAUAUUGCCUAA